CACCUCUCUCUCUCAUCCUCUCUCCCCUCCUUCCUGUCUGCUCUCCACUGAGGGGGCACUCCUCCCCGCUGUGUCGAUGUGUAGGCAGUUACAAACCUUACUAUUUUGAAAGAGUCAGUGUGCGCGUGCCUUUUCGGUGGCAGAGGCGACCGAUCGAACGUGGAGAGAGGCAGAGAAAAAAAGGCAGAGUGGGGCUCUGCUCGUUCUCCCGCACAUUAAGUGCCGUGCACCAGAGGGAUGAGGGAGCGCGGGGAGGCUCGGACCCGCGGCUGACGCCGUGCCGCUGAAUCCAGGUAGAAGGCAGACACUCGUGUGCGGAGGAGCUUGUGCAGAACAGAACCAGAGACAUCUCUUCUUUUUAUUGACGGAUCAAAGGGGAAAAGGAGACAAAACAGGGAGGCGGAGGUGAGCAGAGAGGAAAGAUGGCGAGUUUUGGGAAACUCACAGACUACUUUAAUCGGCGUAAGUCUCAAGAGGAGCUGCGAGUCGGAAGGAGCUCACAGCGCAGUGGCAGUUACUGCUGCACUGUGGCAGAGGCCAGGUCGCUGGAAAGGAAGCUGCAGAGACCCCUACUGGCUAAGUCCCGUACUCUCCCCAGCAUCCCCCAGUCUCCCACGGUCUCCAGGGUCCACCACUCUGAUCUCAUUGGUGGAAGUCCUCCUCGCAGGAAGAACCCGCUAGAUGCCACCAGCCAGCCGAAGGCCUGCACGCUACCACCUGCAGGGGAGCUGUGGCGUUUGGAGGAUGACAUGGAGGGCGAAGAUGAGCCCGGCGGGUGCACCGAGGCCCACCCUCGCUCCCAGUCACCCUUUUCCCACUUCCGAGCACGAGCGGCCUACCUGCGCAAGAGUGUCUCCGCAGACGACCACCUGGACAUGGGCUCCGACUACAGCCCUGGAACUGCAGUGGAGGGAAAGCCAACCCGCAGCAGCAAGGGCAAGCUGAAGAGAAAGUUUAGUCUGGGCUCGGCUGAUCGGAAGGAGAAUCAGCGUAAGAAGUCAGAGUCCGGGAUCUCAAAAUUUACCCAUCGUCUAUCCCUCAAAGAACGUGUGCCGAAAGCAGAGAAGUCCUCUGCAGACAGACCUCCAUCCUACAGGAGACGAUCUCUUAGUGUGGACUGGGCUGACACUGCCAAGAUGACGCAGCCGAUGAGGGGGGACCAGGCCCACCAGCCGGCCCCGGCCCGCAAGUCGGCCAGCCUGUCCUCGCCAAGUGCGGCUCGCCGCCUAUACCGCAACUUGUCUGGAAAGUUCCGUACGGGCACCAACCCCCCUGCCCUGGAGGACAGUCUGGUGUCAGGACGGGGAGGAGACAAAGAGAGGCUGCGAAAAACCACCAUAUUCCAGAGUAAUGAAGCACUGUUUGAGGCAGUGGAGCACCAGGAGCUGGACUUGGUCCAGCUGCUCCUGUCGCAGUACAGUCUGGAGGAGUUGGACCUCAACACCCCAAACAGCGAGGGCCUCCUGCCCCUCGAUAUCGCUAUCAUGACCAACAACGUGCCCAUGGCCAAGCUGCUGCUGCGAGCCGGUGCCAAGGAGAGCCCCCACUUCGUGAGUCUGGAGGGCCGAGCAGUGCAUUUGGCCACCUUGGUGCAAGAGGCUGAGCAGCGGGUGUCGGAGCUUCAGACUCAGGUUGGAAGCGAGGGUCCUGGUGAGCGGGAAGGAUCUGACCGGGAAAGGCAACUAAAGGCCUGGGAAUGGAGGCUGCGGCUCUUCCGGCGCAUGCAGACGGGAUUCGAGCAUGCCAACCCUCCAGACACUCCCAGUGUAGUUCGCCUGUCUGUCAGCAGCAGCACCAGUCUAAGGGUGGACUUCCAGGAGCCGCUCUGUGUCAACUCUGCUGUGGUUACCAAGUACAAAGUGAGCUGGAGCAGUGCUCCUUCACUCAGUCCGUUGCUGGGUGAGAUGGUGGUUGAGGACACCACUCUGCUGCAGUGCAACAUCACUGGACUCGUUUCUGGGACCCAUUACUACGUCCAGGUGUCAGCCUACAACAUGAAGGGCUGGGGGCCUCCUCUAGUCUCCACCCCUGCCUGCGCUGCACCUUCCAGUUGGAGGGAUAUCGACGGACGAGCUCCACGUCAGAGAGGCCAGAAGGAGGCACUAGACCAGCUGCUCGGACAGAUAAAGGAAGCUCACCGCCACUGUGUCUGCCAUGAACAGUGCAAAGCUCCGCCACAAGGGAGGAAGCACUCGGUGUCCAAAAGCCUCCGUCACCUCUUCCAACCCACCAGCAAAUUUGUUAAAAGCUUGAAAAGAGGUCUCUAUCUGACAUCCAUAUUCUACAGAGAUGAUAAUGUGUUGGUGACGUCGGAGGACCAGAUCCCUAUUGUGGAGGUUGAAGACUCCUACCCUAGCUCCCUCCUGCAGGACUUCCUGUGGUUUACCAAGGUGUCGUAUCUAUGGGAGGAGAUUCCCUGGCUGCAGCAGUGUCUCAAUCCUUCCCAGUCGUCCUGUUCCUGUACUCUGCAGACACGUCUCAAGAUGCUGCAGGCUGUCUCUCUGCUGCAGGGAAUGCUGGGGACCCAGGACCUCGGUCAGGUGUACUUUGAACCAAUCAAAGACAAGCAUGGAAACGCCCUGCUGGUGCUCCUGAAGGACAUGAAUGCCUGUCCCAACCUGGACGGGGUUCGCUGGACGCAGCUUUGCAAACUCCAGCUCCAACGCAAGUCCAUCACGUCCCCUGAGGAGCCCACAGCCUUGGACAUGCUGCUGAUCACCCUCCAUGAAAAACUGGCGUAUCACAGGCGGAGCAGGAAGAUGUUGACUCCAGGCUUAUACCUGGGCUACUUGAAGCUGUGUACAUCGGUGGAGCAGAUCAGAGCGCUGGUACCUCAGAAACUCCCAAACGUCCUCUGUCACACCAAAAUUCGGGACAACAGCAAUGUCUCAAGGGAGGAGUGGCAGUGGCUGCAGGCUGUCAGCUCUCUGGAGGAGGCGCUGGAGAUGGACAAUGAAGUACAGAGCGCUCCACAUCGCCUCCUACAGGACCUGCGCAGCGCCAUCAAGGACCUGAUGGCACACAUCAACGUCCCUGGAAACCAGGCACAGGACUUCCGUAUCUACAGCCAGGAAGUGGUGGAGUUUGGGGAGAAAGUGUCCUUCCUGCUCCUCCUGCCGCCUUCAGAUGAAGUGUGCGCCGCUCCUGGUCAGAACAACCCAUACUCCCCCCGCUCUGGCUUCCUCACCCUGCCCCUACAGAUCUUUGAACUGGUCCACUUUAAUGCAUACUGCCCCAGUUUCAUCGGCCAGUAUUGCAGAGUAUCGGCUCUGCUGGAGCUGGAGUCCCUCAUGUCCCAGCAGGCACUAAGGGAGGCCUUCUCUGAGGCCGAGCUCCUGGCUGCGAAGAAGAAACACCAGCAGAUCCAGGAACACAUGCAGCAAAUGGAGGAGGUGUGGCGUGAUGCGAGGUGGAUCAUGGACGCCUUGCAGUACGCCCGCUACAAGCAGCCAACUGGGGGCAUCUCCAUAAGCUGGAUAAUUGACUUCUCUAAGGAGGUGUUGCCUGAGAAGCCUCCCUCCACCUCCUCUCAGCCAGACUUCAUGCCCUCCCCCAUGCCUUCACCCGAACCCUGCCGCAAGCACUCAGAUUUUGCUGGACUAUCAGAUGAGGAGGGCUCCUCCGAGGUCUUCCUCACCACAGACAGCGACUAUGACUCCAGCCGUGCCCAGAGUCCUCGUGAGCUGGACCUUCUUCCUCCGUCCCCCCUCUCGUCCUCUGCGCCGCUGGAGCCCCGCGGUUUCCUGCGCAGCGAUGGGAGCGGCUCAGGGGUUGGGAUGUGUCUCGGCGGAGGAGGACGCGGAGGGGGAGCGCUGAGGGAUUCAACGCCAGAUGUCCUCCAGGCCUCGGAGCCGCAGCACGGAAGGGAAGGCGAGCGGUGUGGCGGAGGAGGAGGAGUUCGGCGAAGGGGGGCCCCGGAGCUGUUUGACAGUGACUUCAUCCUGCCCAGCAGGCAGAUUGAGCUGUUGCACAUCACAGAGAAGCGGCAGGCCUUCUGCGUGCGGACAAGCAGCCUGGAGUUCCCCUCCACCACCUCAGCCCACCACCAGCCUUACUGCCACCAUGCCACUUGCACCUCGCCCUCCUCCUCACCACAGCGGAGAUGGCACAGGCCCUCGUCGGUGGACCGCUGCUGCUCUGCUGAGCGCUGCCAACCACGGCUUCCACCAGCUCGUACGUUAUCAGAGGACAGCGGCACACAGAGACUCUCCUCACCGUCACCUGCUGCCCUCAGGAAAAGCUGUCACGCCACACUCAGAGUGUACCCACAGUACCGCACAGGCCUGCCGAAGGAAACCAGCGUUAAGCUUUGCGUGACUCCGGGAACAUCAGCGCGGGAGAUGGUGCAGCUGGUGGUGCAGGAGAUGAACACAGUGUGUCGGCGCAUGCUCGGCGGUGAACAGGAGCACUGCGUCUACUACAGCCCCGAACAGUUGAAGCACUUUGGCCUUGUGCUGGUUUUGGACAAUAGAGAGAAGUGGCUUCAGGACGAUUUCUGUCCCCUGGAGCUACAGAACCCCUGGCUGCGAGGCAAACUGUGCGUUCGGAUAAAGGAUUACUCACCACUAGCGCUCAAACACAGCCGGGCCACCACGGUGUGAUACUUCAGGAGGGAGAGUGAGAUAAAGAGAAACUGGAACUGUCACAUUUGUACAAACAGGCUCCUAAACUCUACUGUUCUGUCUCACCGUGGUGUCACCGUCCACCGCUGCAGUUGCAACACCUUGUCAUAUUUUCUGCCCCGUGUAUUCUGAAAGGCUUCUGUUUUCAUGAAAUCUGUUCUCCCGUAUGAAGGAGCCUUUUUUUAUGAGACCCUCAUAUGGACACCAAAUGAACAAUAACACUGGAACAAAGAGGAAGGAGUUUUUUUGUACUGUCAGAGAUCAUCAGGGGAAAAGAUUGUGAUGCUAAGCAAGAUUAAUGGAGCGCCGCUUUCGACUUCUGGCAUGAUUGACGCCAGCACAUCGGGCCGCGUGCAUUGCCAAAACGACAUGGGCAGCAUCAUCUCCUCCCCCAGCCACACGCGGACACGGCUUUUCCUAUGAACUCUCUCAUUGUGUCAUUCCCAAAGAGCUGUGGGCUGCAGCCGUCCGGCCCCAUGUUCCCAGGAUGUGGGCUCUGGACCCGGCCCAGAGGGCAGGAAGGAAGGGAGAAGUACAGAGGGGGGCUGGCGUCUCCACUUGGGGACGCAAUCGGCCCGACAAUUUGGCCCGUCAGCCUGUCACUCAACCGCUCUUGGCCAGUGCGCUGUCUGGUAGCGAAGCAGCCAAGUAAGGGCGAGAGAGCUUGAUAGAGAGUGAGAGAGAGGGGAGGAGGAGGAGGAGGAGGACGACGAGGGUGGUGGAAGCUGCAUCUUUAAGAACCUGGCACUGGCUCUCUGGUGCUCUUUCUCUCCCCUCCGCAGCAACAAAUCCUCUGUAUAGUAGGCUCAUAGUGUAGCUAGCGAGAACGAUCAUCUCAUUUUGUGAUGUAAAAAAGAAAAACAACCCAGCUAAUUUGGUCUUUCAUGGCGGAAAAAGAAAGCAAUACUUGACUUCUUUUUGUUUUUCUAAUAGAUGGGGGGUGGAAAAAGCAUGUAAACCUUCCAGAAUCGUGCGCUGAGUACAUCUACAGUACUGUAGUCAUGCUGUGCUAAAAGUGAACCUGUUCAGUGUUUCGUUGUGUUUGGUUCAGUGGUAUUCCCAGAUGCAUCCGAAAAUGGUGCCCGUCAGUCUCAUAUAGGCUCUCCCAGAGGGAUUUUAGAAGAAAGGGAUGACUUAAGUCGUUAACGGGCCCAGUGUUUGUUGCUGUCUCCUGAACGGCUUCAGAGUGAGAGACUCUCAACGAAGUGCUCUUACCUGCAGUGUGAGGGUCAUGCAACUACUGGUACUGGUAACAUAACUGUCCUUAGGAAAGAAGUCACAAGAUAAGUUCACUCAAAAAUGAAUGAAUCUCCUUCACUUGAUGCUACAACGCUGUUUUGCCAUGAAGCUUAAGAUAUGUUUGGUGGUCAGUGAAACUUCACUUUUCCUCGGCAUGAGGGUGAACAGAUAAUGACUGAAUUUUUAUUUCGGGGUGAACUUCUCCUUUAAACUUUCUGCUCUCCAUAACUACAGUAUAUCCAAAUUCAUCAGCCUGCAGCGUUUCUUUAAUCCUUCACCUCUAUUAAGUUUUGACUACUCGUGAUUUGAACAGUGCGCACAUUUUCAAAUUUAGAAAAACAACUACCAGAACAUCUACAGCCGACUUUGUAAUACUAUCUACUAUGCAACGAUUUCUUACACAGAACACAUGCACAGUGAAAUGCUGAUCAGUGUGGACUUCAGGGCAGAUUCAUUAAAAUAACUUCAAAAGACAGCUGCAAACACUGGAGAAGCCCGUGUUUUUAAUUUUGAUGGAAUGAUACAGUAUUUGUUACGAACUGUCGUGCAGUCAUAACAAAAUCAAUCACAUAAGUUAAUUAGAAUUUCGAAAACUACAUCCAAGGAUCCCUUCGAUCAUCGGAUAUAGUUUUCAGUAAUCAGCGUUAUCGAGCCCAGUCAGUGUGUUCCGUUGUAUAUCAUUAUACAUUCAGUUGUCGCUCAGCAGAAAACAUUGAAGCGCAUCAGUAAGCUAGUGCCCGGGACCCUCGCCUCACAAAGUCAUAGUGUUUGCGCAAGAGUUUACCGCGAUACACAAGACGUCUGUUUCAAAUAAGUCGAUUACCUCAAUUACACCUGUGAACACCUGUGGGAAAAGUGAUAUAAAAGGUGUCACUGACUCUACAAAGGGCCAAUCAACAGUUCAGACCAUCUUUUUCAGCUGAUUUUUGGGAACCUGUGCCAAGUUUCGGUUUCUCUGUUCACUGUAACAGAAACUAAGAAACCUCAUCACAUGAACCUUCAUACUCACGGAAAAUAACGGCAGGCUGUUGUGUUUUAUUUAUUUUUUUUUUAUAGCAACCACAUUUCAGCCUUUGAAAAGCCAGGAUCAGCAACGUCGUACCAUUCCAGUAACCUGCAGCGUUUCCAAAUGUAGCACCCUAAAGGUCCAAAAAGAGGAGAGUCUGGACCGUCACUUGGGCCUGGCCUCAGUUACUGUAGCAUUUCAGGUUCACCUGACACGAGGAGGGGGAGUCGACUCAAAGUGUUUACACUGUUUAGUUUUCAAAGAUGUGCUCACGUGCAACUACUGUAUAAAGAUGUUCUGAGUUGUAAUUGGUUUGAAUAAUGGCUUGAACUCUUGUGUUAGCGCUUAGAUGUCGUCUUUAUUCACGUUGUUAAAAAAAGUUAAAAGGCCGUUUUUACAAGUUUACGACUGCACAAACGAAUCACACGAGCAGAAACGGAACCGUGUACAUAGACGAGCAAGACCACAGGAUGAAUGUACUGUAUCUGCCCUCAAUGUGAAAGGAAGUGAAUGUGGGGCUGUCGUCACUGCAGAGGUCAAAGGUCAGUGAAGUUGUAGUCCAUUUUAAGAUUAUUAGGGGAAGAAGGGGGUUUAAAUUCCCUCUCCAGUCGAAAAAUAAAGCCCCAUGUUUACAAGGAGCUGUUGGCAGAUCCGUCAGGCGAAGUCAUGAAGGAGACAUCACGUCACUUUUUUAAAAUCUAUUUUUAUUGAACAAUAAAUGAAUAUUACAAAAUAAAAGCCUCGGCUGUUU